UUUCCAACUAGACACGUCUUUUUCAUCGCUCCUGUGAUGUAUAAUUAGAUUACAGAGAAAAGGCAUUAUUUCACUUUGCUAGCCGAUGGAGGUUUAACUGCUGGUGGCAAUACCUAACCUAGAUCAGGUGAAUUUUGAAAUGAUUUCAUUGAAAUUCAACUGACUAAAAUGCGUCGAACGAACCUGCUACGAUCUUUAUGCGAAUCGAAUUUGUUUCGUUCUCGUUAUUGGUGGCUAGUGACCUUGAUUCUCGGCUGGUACUCUUUUCUGGGACACGUUCAAACGCCAGACUCCACAGCACAUUCUAUUGUUCAUCCUUCGAAUACUUCCAACAGUGAAGAAAUUGGUUCGAGUUGGCCGGUUCGUAUCCUGUGCUGGGUCCCCAUAUCGACCAAUAGCAAAAGCAGAGCUGACCUGAUUCAAAAGACAUGGGGCAAACAAUGUGAUGCUUUGCUUUUCAUGAGUUCUAAAUCAGAUCCUACGAUACCUUCGAUUGGCCUGCCAGUAGAAGAUUCCUACAACACUUUGUGGGGCAAGACGUAUGAAGGUUUAAAAUACAUUUAUGAUCACAAUCUGGACGAUGCCGACUGGUUUUUCAAAGCUGACGACGAUACAUAUGUUGUCGUGGACAAUUUAAGACAAUUUCUUUCGUCGUACGAUGCUGCGUUACCUCAUUUUCUUGGUGCGCGAUUUGCACACAAUCGACUCCUCAAAGGCUAUUUUGGUGGUGGAGCAGGCUAUGCAAUGACCAGGGAGACGGUACGGCUUUUCAUCGAGAGGGUCUACGACAAACAUUUCGAUAUUUGCAUUCUUGGCCCUAAUGGCGAAGAAGAUUCUUACCUUGCCAUGUGUUUAGAGAUAUUGGACAUUCUCUUUGGUGAUUCUCGCGAUCCAAAUGGUUCCGAAAGAUUCCUCCAAUUAAGCCUUCAUAACCUGUAUCGACCUUGGGAUUACCAAGCAACACUUCGAGCUUUUUUUCGAUCAAAACCAGGAUUAGAAUGUUGCUCGAAUGAAACGAUUUCAUUUCAUCCGGUUAAAGAUGAACAACUUUUGGAAUACGAUUAUCUCGUCAGCUAUCGUCAGCUGAAUACCUAUUAACAAUUGUAACCUUUAACUAAGUCUAUAUUCUAUUUAAUUCAUUGAGUAGUGUUACAUUUUGAACUUGGUGAUCGUUUAGUUGAUUUUCUUCAAUUUUUGUCAAUUUUUACAUUGCGAUUUUGGCCUGUAGCAGCUUCCAAAUCGACUGACCAAUCCCGUGA